AUGGCCUCAAAAAACACCGAAAAUAUUGACGAAAAUGUUCACAAUGAAAACAUCAAAGGAAAAGGGAAAAGGAAAUGGACCAACUCAGAAAUUGAAAAAUUAAUUGAGCAGUAUGAAGAAAAAACCUGUCUUUGGGACGUCUUCUCAGAAGACUACCACAACAUCGAAAAAACCUCAAAAGCCAAGCAGGAAUUUUUGGUACGUAAAAAAAGCUAAAUGUAUUUACAAUAGUUUAUCUAUCACAUUAUAUUCAUUAUUUAUCCCAUCUUGCGCAGGAAGCUCUCGGCGUAUCAUGGAAAGAUAUCCAGUCGCAAAUGACAUGUUUGAGAGCCACUUUGGGUCAAAACUUGAAGAAAAAAACCCAUUGGAAAUCAGGGCAAGGGACAGAUGAGCACUUUAGACCGAAAUGGAUGUUUUGGGAACAGCUUCAAUUCCUCAUACCUAUCAAGGAAGCAAGGCAAAGUCGGGAUACUUUAAAGGUUGAUAAUGACAGUAAUCAGAACAACAUGCAGAACCAGUUGCACUAG